UUAAAUACGUCAAGCAUUUCGCGGGUUUUGUGAAUAAUUUUCCGGCCAAACGCAAGAGGUCGCUUCAGGCGAUUAGUUUUGAAGUUAAUUAAAUUAAUCGAGGAAGUACGCCAUCUAUAAUAGCAAUAUUAAUACUCUCUCGUUUAUGGUCCAGACACAUCUGUGCCGUCGGUCCACUUAGAGCACUUUCUCAGACACCUUCAAAAUGUUGAAGGGCGUCUUUAGCUUUUUCAAAGACCCCCAGGCCACCCCUGACGACAUAAACCUCCUUCUUUUUGGUGAAACCGGCGUAGGAAAGUCCACUUUCAUAAAUUCCAUCUCGAACUACUUCAACUAUUCCGACUUCAAGAGAGCCCAACGCAGCAAAAUCGAGGUUCUUAUCCCCGUCUGCUUGAACCUUUCGGGCAAAACCAAAAUCUGCGGAACCGCGGACGAAAACGAAGAUCACGUAAGCGGCAAAUCCGCCACCCAACACGUCAAAGUGUACCUAUUCCCCAUCAAAAUGGGCGGAAAAACUUUCAAUUUAAGAUUGGUUGAUACUCCAGGAGUCGGAGAUCCCCGAGGCAUGGAACAGGAUAACAUCAACCUCGAUAACAUUCUAGCGUACUUGGCGACGUUGAAGAAACUCCACGCCAUUUGCUUCAUCGUAAAGUCCAACCAGACCAGAUUCACCAAGUUCGUGGAGUACUGUUUGAAGCAGAUCUUGGUUCGGUUGGACAAAAGCGCCAGCCAAAACAUCAUAUUCAUCACCACGUACAGUAAGAGUGCUCAGUAUACAGCUGGAGAGACUAGGAUUCACUGUUUGGAGCCGCUGGUCCGCGAUAUCCAGUCGAAACCUCCCAACGUGAGUAUCCCCUUGAGCGACAAAAACAUCUUCGCUUUGGACAACGAAGCCUUCAAGGCACUCUUGGAGAUGCAAGAAGGUAGAACCUUCAGCAAGUACGAAUUGGAAGGUCUGGCUCACAGCUGGGACAUCUCGUCGAAGGAAAUUCGACGCUUGUUGGCGUACAUUAUCGGGGACGGCAAAACCUCGCCACUGAAGCCCCACGAGGUCGAAAACACCAUCAGUGUUAACGAAGUGAGGUUUCUAAUUGAGCAACUCGCGACUCCUAUUGCUCAGGUGUCGGAGCUCAUUCAAGACAACCUCAGGUUGCUGGAGAGGCACAAGAGGAACCUGAGUUUGGAAAACCAAACCCUCGACGACCUUAGGAAACAGCUGUUCAUACCUUGUGUCGACCUUCAAGUGAAGGAAUUGUCGCACCCUGUCACCGUGUGCACGGUGGUAGUCUCCAAGUGCGCCGAGGUCAUCAAGGUGAACGACGUGACCCAGUGGCACUACAAACAGAGAUGCCACAACCCUUGCUACCUCUCGGGAAUCCCCAAAGAGAUGAUUGGCGAUCCGGGAAUUAUCAAUUGUGCCGCCAUAUUGGAUGACACGUGCAAGGAGUGUGGAUGUCACUGGAAAGUCCACAUGCACAUCUACAAAGAAACCGAGAAAAUCAAUGUGCAUAAAGAAAACCAGAACGUGAAAAACACCAUAAAGACCAAAGAGGACGGGCGACUCGCCAUCGAAAAGUUGAUGAAAGAGCUCAACCAGGAAAUGGAGGAACGGGAGGAAGAAGGUAGAAUCAUCUCCGAAAGCAUCGCCAAGUUUUCGUAUUUCCUGCAAGAACACGCCUUGACGCCCUUCAACGACGCCUACAGCGACUACAUCAAACAACUCAUCAAAAACGAGCAACACUUGGGGAAAUUCGCUGACAAGGAAGUCAUCGUCAAGCUGGAGAACCUCUUGAGCAGACACGAACAACUCCAAAAGACUUUUCAAGAAACCGCCCAAAAGUACCAACCCGCGUCUGCACACUUCGACCUGAGCCUUGAAGGGAUCAAGAAGACCAUCACUGAUUUGUACCAUCUGAAGCACAUGGGGAAGACAAUCCAAGAGCUCAUCGAAAAGUCGACGGCUUCUCGGCAGAAAGAAACGCAGAAGAAUUUUAACUGCGUGGUGUCUAGAGAAAUCGUUCUGGAGGAUGCGAAGAAGAAGGUCCAAGAAGGUAACCAACGCAAGGUCGUAGACGAAAACGAAACACAAGACGAUAUUGAAACGACUUCUACUCCAAAAUGCGAAGUCUCUCACGAAUACACAGUAAACGGAGGUGGUUCAGAGGACUAUAAUUCUGUAGAAAGCUCAUCUAGCAAUGACGGAGAAGACAAAAAGUCAAAGCAUGACUCCAAAGACGAACAAACUAACAACAGAAAUGAAAAUGAUGAUGGCUCUGAGAGUGAUUCGUCUACGGAUGCAUAUGUUACCUGCGAUUCGUCGGACGGCUCUGAAGAUGGCCGAAAUGGAGUCAAAGGAAAACGUCCUGUCGAAGAAUAAGACAAUUUUCUACGUUUUGAUUAAGUAUUGCACUUUUCAUUUCAGUUUAUCUUCUUUAACUGUAUGUUGUGGUUAGAACUUUUUAUUACAAUUCCAAUAAAUAGUCUUCAGAA